GCUCUCGACCAAUCAGCGUCGAGAGCGCCUCUUAUGAAGACAUGGCGGUUUAAGGGAACGUCUCCGUUUGAAAGUUUUGCUCGAGUUUGUGUCGGAUUUUGGUGGUAUUUAGGGAUAAACGCAGGCGGGAUGGCCUUCCAGAGGAGAGGUGGGGAGGAUGGCUGCCUCUCUGCCCAAGACAUGGAUGCAGAGCGUCACAAGAACAUUUCAUACCAGUACUUGUGUCACUUAGAAGAGGCCAAGAAUUGGAUGGAAGCCUGCAUCAGCGAGGAACUUCCAGAGGCUGGAGACUUGGAGGAGGAGUUGCGUCAUGGAGUCUACCUGGCUAAGUUGGCCCACUUCUUCGCACCAGAGACAGUGCCACUCAGGAGGAUCUAUGACCCAGAUCUUGCAAGAUACCGGUCACAUGGCUUGACCUUUAGGCAUACAGAUAAUAUCAACUACUUCCUCAAAGCACUGGAGAAGAUAAAGCUACCCAGUAUCUUCUACCCUGAGACAACUGAUGUUUAUGACCGAAAGAAUAUGCCCCGUGUUGUUUUCUGCCUUCAUGCCCUCAGUUUGUAUCUCUUUCGUUUAGGCAUUGCCCCACAGAUCCAGAACCUGUAUGGCAAAGUCAAUUUCUCAGAGGAAGUAAUGCAGGCAAUGAUGAAAGAACUCAGCAAGUAUGGUUGUCAGUUGCCUCAGUUUGGCAAGAUUGGAGGUAUCCUUGCAAAUGAGUUACCUGUGGAUGAAGCUGCAUUGCAUGCUGCAAUCAUUGCUAUUAAUGAAGCCAUUGAAAAGGGGGAGGACUCAGAGCUGUUAGGAACCUUAAGAAACCCCACGUGUCACUUGGAAAAUGUCCUGGAUGAAAAUGCAGACAGUUAUCUCCAGUGUCUUUCCGAUGCCAAGAUGCACAAAAAGGAGAUGGCAAUAAACAAGAGUCGUGACCAAGACUACAUACCAGAUGCCUAUGAUGAAUUGCUCACCCAAGCUGAAAUCCAGGGCCAUAUCAGCUAUGUUAAUGCUUUCUGUGCUGUAGAAAGAGUGGAAGAUGCAGUCAAAGAUGAGAACACAAAUGCCUUGUUUAAAGCUCUCACAUCUCCUGUAUUAGGUCUGAAGGGAGUCAAACCAGACUUUGCUGGAGAAUACCUGAAAGCACUGGCAAAGGAACUAGAGGAGAAGGAGAACCAGGGAGGGAACCAAAGCUUUAACCACAGCCUCAACGUGUCACUCUUGCCCACGAUUCUGAGCAAAUCUUCCGUCCAGGCCAUCAUCUCAUCAGUGAAUGAAGAAUCUCUUUCAAAACAAAGACUGUUGCAAGGCCUGGCAGUAGUAAAUAAAAGCCUAGAAAAGGGCACACCCCAGGAGACUUUGAAAUACUUGAAAGGUUUGGGGCCAAGCAUACCUACCCUGCUUGAUUUUGCUGCACCUCUGUACCAUGAAGAGAUGGCUGCCAUUCGUGCUGAUGCGCAGGCAGAUUUGAACCUAGUAGAAAUCCAAGGAGGUGUCCGCAUGCUGUCUGCUGUUGCAAGGGUUAAUGCUGCCCUGGACACUCACAACCCUGAAGAGGUCUGGCAUUACCUUUCUGACCCACAGACACAUGUACAGGGUUUGGAACGCAGUCAUGCCCGGGAGUAUUUCUCAUCCUUGCAUGAGGCUCGCCAGGCAAAGAUAGCCUCAGGAGAAGCUUGUCCCCUGUUGACCUACCUUGACCUCCAGCAAGUUAUAGAUGAAGUCAAUGACAAGCUGCAAGAAGUGAAUGACAAGGUGGGAGCCUUGACAGGUGUGAAUGAGGCAGUCAUUGCUGGUGCAGUCCAAGAUACAAUGAAUGCCCUCCAACACCCAGCCCUCCAGCUGCCCUCUCUUUCACCCACAGAUACUCUCCACUAUUACCAGCUCCUCAAGUUGCUAAAGAUUACCAAAUGUGAAAUGCUUGGUGACAAUGCUGCAGAGCUCUGGUUAGAGGACAUUGUAGAGGUAGUGAAUGCGGUAAAAAGGCAUUCGAAGGAGUCCUCCAACACGGCCAGUGUGCUAGGUAGGAUCAACUCUGCCAUGGUGGAUGGAAAUGACUCGGCCAUUGUAGACAUACUCAGAUCUCCAGAUUUAGCACACCUUCGAAUUCAAAAGAGCCACCUCUUAGGAGUACUGACAAUGCUUAAGAAAUCAUACAGAGAAAAGGAAAGUUCCACUGUGACAUGUCCAUGGAUCCCAUACUCACUUACUGAUGGAUCUAAGGUAUACUUGAAUCUCGCAAAUGGUGGAUACCAGUGGGAGAAGCCAGAGGAAGUGGUGAUGGCUCACCAGAGCCGCUAUCUGACCUUGGUCGACCUGGAAGAAGCUGUAAUGACCAUCAUGCAGCAGGAAGCCAACAAUAAAAGGUUGGACCAAUUAAUGGUGCGACUGCAGGCCAGAGCACGUGGAUGGUUGCAGCGCCAGAGAAUGCACAGAUUAAGAGUUGCAGCGUUAACAAUACAGGCUUGGUGGCGUAUGGUAAGAGCCCGGAAAAUGUACAUCAUGUACUGCCAAGCGCUGAGGAUGUCAGAGCCGUAUGUCAUCAUUAUCCAGCGAGCAGUACGAACUUGGCUUCAUAGAAGGAGGAUAAAGAAGUUGUCUAAGCACUUCAAUAAACAUGAGAGGCAGGUAGUGGUGAUCCAAAGAGCAUGGCGAGCACACAAGGCUAGAGUGAAUCUCCGCUCCCUCACCCACCAAGCCAACCCACCACUGUCUGUCAUCUGCAAAUUCAUCCAUCUACUGGAUGUGUCUGAGAAGGACUUGGAUGAAGAGUUCAAACUUCAGCGUACAAAGAGUGACAUGGUAAAGACAAUAAGACACACUCAUCAGCUGGAGACACAGGUUGACGAGCUGGAUGUGAAGAUUGGACUUCUCGUUCACAACCGCAUUACAUUGCAGGAUGUGCUUCCAGUUGACAAGGAGAAUGUGAACCCAAAUGUGCCAGAAACUAAAACGAGAAGGAGCAGGAAAGGCUCUAAAGAUACCCUGAAGUAUGGUUCCAUGAGAACACAGAGAGGUCUUAAGGCCUUCAAGAAGGAGUCAAGAGAGAAGCUGCUAUCCUACCAGCACCUGUUCUACCUUCUCCAGACUCAACCACACUACUUGGCUACCCUCAUUUUUGCAAUUCCUCCUGGCAAGACCACAAAGUUCAUAGAAAAUGUGAUUUUCACCCUCUACAACUAUGGAGCUAAUGACCGUGACAACUUCUUGCUCCUAAAGCUUUUCAAGACUGCAUUGGAAGAGGAAAUAAGAUGCAAAGUUCUUCGUCUAAGUGACAUUGUCUCUGGAAACCCACUAGUGGUGAAGAUGAUAGUGUCAUUUAACAGGAAAGGUGCAGGACAAGCUUCUCUUAGGGACAUGCUUGGCCCUCUCAUUCACAGGAUUCUGGGCGAUAGUGGUAUGCAGAUCAACACCAAUCCUGUUGAGAUCUACAAGAGUUGGAUCAAUCAACUUGAGAUGCAUUCUGGACAGGCCAGUGGACUGCCAUAUACUGUCAGCCAGGAUCAGGCUCUUCAGUACCCUGAAGUUCAGAAGAGGCUGGCACAGGCUAUCACCACCCUGAAGGAGGUUACCCAAGCCUUCUGUGAUCAGAUUACGGCAAACAGGGAUGUUAUACCCUAUGCCAUGCUCUACAUGGCAAAGGUCAUGAGACAGGCCCUUCAGAGACGUUUUCCUCACAUACCCGAGAAAGAGAUCUUGAAGGUUGUAGGGAACCUUGUCUACUACAGAUACAUCAACUCAGCUAUUGUAGCUCCAGAUGCUUUUGAUAUAGUGACAGUUUCACCAGAUCAAAAGCUGAACAAUAAUCAACGCAGAAAUCUGGCCAGCAUAGCCAAGAUCCUGCAGUUUGCUGCAUCCAAGAAAGGCUUUGGGGACGAGGCAUCACACCUAAAAUGCCUGAACCCCUUCAUAAUCGAGUGCCAUGAGAAAUUCAAGAACUUCUUCCGUCACUGCUGCGAAGUAGAGGAACCGGAGACUGUGUAUAAUGUCACUCAGUACUCUGAGGCUACACUUAUUGUCAAACCCACCAUCUACAUCACAAUUCAGGAAAUCUGUGAGACCCACCAACUCCUGCUGGAUCAUGAGGAGAUCCUUGCCCCAGACAGCAAUGACCCUCUCCACGUCCUGCUCUCUGACCUUGGGGAGAGACCCUCAGUUCAUGCCCUGGUGGGAGAGGCUCUAGAAUCAUGCUCUGGCACAGUAGGCAGGAUGGAGGUUUGUCUGGCACUCAUCAACAAGUUUGAUGUGACAGAAACAGCAGAAGAAAAGGACUCAAAGGAUUCUAACAAGAUGUUCAGCAGGACAAAGCAGCUCUUGGUAGAUGUGCUUCGAUGUGUGGAAGGACAUUCCAUUGCGCAACUGGUGACAGGACCAACUCUGUCACCACAAGAGGAGAGAUACCGCUCCAUCAUCCACACCCGCACUCGGCAAGAGCAUCAAGCCAAGCUCAACCACACAGCACUCAACCGCUCCAACUCCUUCCUUUCUGAGACCAGAGUGAGCUUGCACGAGGUUAAAACCCGGCUGACCCACAACCUGCGCAGGCUAGAAAAUCAGGGCCUAGCUAGUCGCGCAGACAAUUACCAGACCCUCUUGAAUGCGAUUGCCAGUGAUAUUGUCAAUCAACGGCAACACAGAAUAUCUCGAAGAAUGGAGUUGCAGAGACUGCUGAUGACAGCUAGCCAGUUAGAGGAGAAAGAAAAGUUCUACCGUGAUCAGCUGGAUUCAUACCACACCUACCUCAGUACCUGCCUUGCCAAUAUUGCAGCCAGAAAUAAGAAUGUGCAUCAGGCCUCAAACAAGCAAAAUGGCGAGAAGACACGUUCAAAACAAACCAUUAAGUACCCAGCGACCAAACUCAUGGAGAAGGGUGUACUGCUAGAGGUGGAAGACCUGCCUGAGACACAGAGGAAGAAUGUGCUAUUUGAAAUCACUCCUUUGGCUACCACUGGUAUUUUCCAUGUUCAAGUCAAGUUCAUGGGUGUGCCAAUGGAGUUUGUUGAAAUUGAUAUUCAGGAGUUACUACAGCUUCAGUAUGAAGGUGUUACAGUCAAGAAGAUGUUCUCCAAAGUCAAAGUUAAUGUGAACCUCCUACUCCACCUUCUCAACACCAAGUUCUAUUCAAAGAAGAAGUGAAUAUACUUGAAGACAGGUCCCACAGGCACCGGGAAAGCAUGAGUUGUAAGAUAAUGUACAUAGGAAUGAAAGUUUUGGUAAAUACGAGUUAGAAGAGUGCUGUUGGGGAGGUCUUUUUGUACUGCAGGUGGGCAAGUAGUAGCAGUAUGUGACAGUUUAACUAUCCAGUGAAAAAUGGAGAGUUAUGCAUUAUCUUCUAAAUACUGUCUCUCUAUGUUUUUUCAUCAUAUCACACUAGUCUUGUUUUUUAUUUCUAUAGCUGUCUCUUUCUAUUUUUCGAUUUUUAGAUAUUUCUAGGAUGAUUCUAGAGAUCAUUAAAUUUAAUUUUAUUGAUUCCUUUCUUAAAUGACCUGAUACAAGCAUUUAAGGAAGUCGUGAUUGAUGCACUAGUUCAUCAGAUACAAAUACAUGUAUUAUACAUGCAUAAUAUGCAAAUUACCAAUGCUUUAAACAUACACAGGCACAUAUACACAAGCUCUCUCUUACACACCAUGUAUAAAGAUGUAUUAAAUUACAUACCGGUAUAAUGUGCUAAAAUAUAUUUAUACAUACUAUAACUAAUUCAUUAUUCUAGUAGUGGUGCUAUGAUAUUCCAUUUUAGUUUUAGGUAAACAGCCACAGGUACAAGGAAUAAAAAAAAAAUUCAUAACCAAAAUGUUUCAGGGAUUUUGUAUUGUGAGUUCAUACUUCGACUCUUGAAUUCAGUUUGUUUUUUUUGUUUUUUUGUAUCCAAGGCCUGCAUACCAUACCAUGCAUGAAUUUGCCUUUGUGAUAAGGACAUAUGAUAGACAAACUUUCACCUGUUUUCUGCAAAUGGGAAUUUUGUCUAUUUCAUAUAUUUGUUUUCUUCAUUUAUCAGUUUUUAGUAUAAAUCUUUUUUAAUACUUGUUUCUUUACUGAAUAUUCAAAUAAUGGAACUGCUGAUUUCCUCUAUUUAUAUGAUUUUAUUAUUUUUACAACCUAUAAUAGAUGAUUAACACAGAUUUAAGAAUACUAGCAAAUAAUAAAUCUGUUAGUCUCAA